AGACACAGAGAAAGAGGGAGAGAGACACACACACACACGCGUGACAACACACAACUGUGGUAAAAGUAUUUCUUUCUCCUGAGGACAGAGAGUGACAGGAAUUCAGUGUUUAACGCGGAAGCCUUCAAAGUUUCCCUUUUUUUAAAAAAAAGAGAGACACUAGAAAGAAAGGGACAAGCUGCUCGUGGACAGAGAAACACAGAGAGACAGACAGAGAGAGACAUUUUGAAUCUUCUGUGGAGGAGUUUUCUUGUGCGCGUGUGGGAAAAUGUGAAGAAGGAGCCGCAGUCACGUCGAACAAGUUUGUCAAUGUAGGAGAAAAACGAUGAGUAGAGUGUGAGUUGUCCACGCAGACAAACCUGCGUGUUUUUGUGUUAGUGUUGAGCUCGGGAGUGUGAGACACAGCAGUGAGAAAUCAUCCACGGCGUCUUGUUGUUGCUGCUGCUGCUGCUGUCUGGUGUGUGACACUCACAUCACUCAGAGCCGUGAAAUUGUCCCACGGAAGCCUCGGAGGACUGAGUGCUCGGCUCAGAUCGUGUGUCAGUGUGAAGCGACUGCUCUUGCCUGAAUGCGGAGGAAGCAGUGAAGGCUCUUCUCUAGCCCUCCCUGCAGCUCUGGGGGAGUAAGUCAGAUGUGUACCCAGCACUCAAAGCCCCUGGCCUGGCUGCGGGGAUGGCAGCCUCUGCCUUGAACCUGAACAGCCUUGGAGUCAUGAACAGCAGCAGUAAUCAGUUCCACACCCCACCAGGCUCCUCUAGCACCACCACCAGAACUAGAACCAGCCCGGCUGCCCGACCUGUGCUACCGGUGCCAGAUCGCAGCACCUACUGCCAGUUACUAGGUGGAGGUCUUUACAGCCCAACCAGCCCCAAGACGAGUCCAACAUCUGUUGGUCAAACCUUUGUGUUCCCCCCUUCGUCCUUGCUCUGCCCAAGCCCCGCCCCUCGCACUCGCUCCCCCUCCCCUUCCCCACGAAGCCCGGAGCUCCUAGGAGUCAAUGUGGGUCAGCGGGUCAGACGUUUGAGCUCGCCCAGUGGCGAAGACAGCGGGGAAGGAGACGGCCAGGAGGAGAGGGGAGGAGAGACAGGGGAGGGGUGGAGGCGAGAUGAGAGGAGACGCCAGGCGCAGCUGCUGCAGAUUCACAGGGAGCUGCAGAACGUCGAGGUCAGAGGAAAAGUUGGUAUUUUUGAGGCUCACAUUUCCGGGAUUCGUGCCCAGGUGCUUAACAGCGAGAUCCAACGCAGCCCUCGAUCUCCAAGACGAUCAAUAAACCAAAACCCUUCGCAUCCCAGCCAGGAGAAAACAGCUCUUACAUGCUUAAUGACCCAACCACAGCAGAGCCAAGUUCCCUCCGUUUUCCAAAAUGGGAGAGAUGGGACAGAAAUAACAUUACUAGAGAGGACAAACGGAGGAAGGAGUGAAGGCGAGGAGGACAGCAGCGCCGCUUCAAUGAACUCGGAGAAUAAGACACUGGUCGGUCAAAAUGGCAGCCAUUCAGAAACGGCAAUGCAAAGUCUGUGUUUAGACAGGACGUUUGUUGUCCAGGGUUCCCUCGACACGUCAGAUGCAAAUGUGAAAACGGACAGGGAGAAAAACGAGGGCGAAAAGCUGAGGGAGAAGGAGGGAGGAAGAGACAGAUGGGAGACUGAAAACAAACAGAUUCUGGGAGGCAAAAAAAAUUGGACAGAGAGCGAGGUGAAAGAGGAGAAAGAGAACCAGCUGUGCUCCGAGAUACUCCAGAUAGAGGAGAUCAGGUUGGAGGCUAACACAGAAACACCUGCCAUGUGUCACACACAGAACACUGAGAGCUCCCAGUGUUUGCUGGACGUGACCGAUCAGACCUCCAACCAUUGUCCCACCAUCCUUCCCUCCAUCCCUUCAGUCAUAAUAACUGAUCAUGGACAGGACAGUCAGCUUCAGACUUCUGAAGGACUUGGCUCAGACCAGGGGCUAUACUGCAUUCCUAGCCCCAGCUCCAGUCCUGUCACUGGGCCUAACUCGUCCUUGCGCUCCCUCAGGAAGCUGUCGUCGUCCUCCGCCUCAUCGGCCGGUUUCUCCUCGUCUUGGGAAGAGUCGGAGGAGGAUAUUUCCAGUGAUCCCGAGAAAGGGGAGCAACUUCUCAACCCUGGGCUCCUCAGUUCUCAGCAGAAAGCACACAAGUCUUGGAAGAAGAUUAAGAACAUGGUCCACUGGUCUCCGUUUGUCAUGUCCUUCAAGAAGAAAUAUCCUUGGAUACAACUGGCCGGGCACGCAGGGAGCUUCAAGGCAGGAGCCAAUGGCCGCAUUUUAAAAAAACACUGUGACUGCGAGCAGCGCUGCUUGUCCCUUCUGAUGAGGGAUGUGCUGCGUCCGUACGUCCCGGGUUACCAUGGAGACGUGGAGAAGGACGGCCAAAAGUACAACCAGAUGGAGGAUCUGCUGGCCGAGUUUGACUUUCCGUGUGUGAUGGACUGUAAGAUGGGAGUGAGAACAUAUCUGGAGGAGGAGCUGACCAAGGCUCGUAAGAAGCCCUCUCCAAGACCUGACAUGUACCAGAAAAUGGUGGAGGUUGAUCCCGAGGCGCCUUCAUCAGAGGAGAAAGAGCAGAAGGCGGUGACCAAACCUCGAUACAUGCAGUGGAGGGAAACCAUAAGCUCAACAGCCACGCUGGGAUUUAGGAUAGAAGGAGUCAAGAAGGAGGAUGGGUCAGUGAACAGAGAUUUUAAGAAGACAAAGACAAGAGAGCAAGUUACUUUGGCUUUUGAUGACUUUGUUAAAGGAAAUAAGGACACACUGAAUAAUUAUUUAAGCAGGCUGAAGGAAAUUAGAGACACUCUGGAGAUCUCCCCAUUCUUCAAAACCCACGAGGUGAUCGGCAGCUCCUUGUUAUUCGUGCAUGACAGUAAGGGAAGAGCCAAAGUCUGGAUGAUUGACUUUGGGAAAACCACGCCUCUCUCGGAGGGCAACGAACUAAACCACAGAGCAUUAUGGGUAGAAGGCAACAGAGAGGACGGCUACCUGUUUGGACUUGAUAGUAUGGUGGACAUAAUCUCAUCCAUGUUGAACUCUGAGACAUAAACGUCAAAGGCGGCUUAUGUGAAUAUCUGGACUCACUUCCAUUCAUUCGUCAUUUCUCUGGGGAACACUUUAGGAUUUCCACAAGGGUUUUUUUUUUCUUUUUCAACUCAUUUGUAAUUUCCCGCAACAAUGUGUGAUUGAUUCAUUGACGGAUGCAGUCUAUUUAAAUCCAGAGGAAUUGUGUGCUAUUCUUUUUCUUAUUAUUCCCCCCAUUCAUAACCCUCUUGUUUUCCUAAACCCUAAAAGGCAUUCGACACUGGCGGACAUUUGAACUCGUCAUAGCAGGGGAGUAGAAACAAUGACACGGUGCACAAUAUCAUUCAUGUGACUAAUGUAGCUGGAGUCGAGCUUCCUCUGCUAAGACGUGACAGAAUGCCUGCUCAGAAAAGAGCAUGCAAAACAUAUUUUUGUUACUGUGACUAAAUCCCAUGAAUCUAUCAAAACCGUUAAGACUUACCCAGUCUUUGGGUCCAAGCAGACACGUUCCUUAUUUUCGAACAUGAAUUUUAAAUGCAGUGUUUAGCAAACUGUGCUCUGACAGUACAACAUAGAUAUUUAGUUAGUAAUUAGUUGGAUUUGCAGCAGGGAGAAAGUGCAUGUGGGAUCAUUUUAAACUUAAAUGAGGAGUCAACAGAAGUAGAAUCAACUCCUUGUUGGUUUCAGUUUCUUAAUGGGAUUGUUUGACAACAUGGAAAAUAUUGAAAGAACUAUAUGGUGUGGAAAUUUUAAAAUCCUGUCAUCGUUGGCACCCUCACAUGGAAACACUGUAAAAGUUUUGUUUCGUAAAUAACAAAUAAUGGUGCCAUCAGAAUUUGGGAUCCUGGUUUUAGAUGCAUAGAAAUGAUAUGCAUAGUGAUUUUAAGUCUGCAGAAUUUUAAAACUCCCUUUGAAUUUGAAUACCAAUCCACUGGGAUCCAACUGCGGUUGAUUUAAAUAACUGAGUUCAAUUGAUUUUUAUCCUUACAGGAGGUAAGCGUGACAUUAUUAGACAUUUGUCUGUACCACAUCUUCAGCAUUCUGCCCAUGUUUUAAAUAAUCUGCACUCCAUUACAGCGGAGACUACUGUCACAUGUGUUUUUCCUCAUGAGAGCAUGAUUUGAAUACACAUGAUGUUUUUUUUUGUUGUUUUUUUAUAUCAUUUUAAUCAGUUUCAGUCCAAACCACAGGCCGAGUUAAGAAGCUGGGUGUUGAUCUUUUUCUGUGGCAGCCUGUGACUGCAUCUGUAAGAAGUUAUAAACUGUAAGUUUGUACGGGAAGUUGUUUCACAUUUGCAACCGACAUGGUGACAUCACACAUAUGUGGACACACACACACACACACACACAGGAGUUGGGAUUGUUCACAGUGUACAGUAAGAUUUAUUAUGUUAGAUGUUGUUGAUGUUUUUUUAACAUGUAACAUUACUUUAGUCAAACUCUGUGGAACACUUACAGCCAUGAACAAUCGUAUUUAAGCUAUACAGUGCCUUGACCUUACGAAGCCAAGUCAGACAACUUCAAAUAUGUUAAUAGACAUUAUUGUAAUGACGGACUUCUCUCUUAGUCUUAAUAACUGUCAGUGUAGACUUACAUGGGUGCAUGUUUAUUUUCUUCAUAAAGUUUGGGCUUGAAUGUUUUUGUUUUUUUCUUCCAUUCAUACUGUUUUUAUUUAUAACAUUAUAUUAUGUUUUGUUGGUUUUAGUUAAUGGGAUACUGUGACAUUUUCAAUCCUGGGCUGUUAUGCUAUUGUUGUUGUUUUUGUCUUAAAGCAUGUUUUACAGUACGAGUCAAAGUCAAACUAUUAGGCAGGUGGCCGACUCUGUGGUUAACCUACAUUCAAACCAUUGGAUGUGGCUGUUGAGGAGAUUGAUGUUGUCCAUUUAUUACAAUGGGGGCGAUGCAAACAGCCGUCUGGAGAGUGGUUGAGCUGAUAAAUGAGGAAUAUUACAGGUUGUCAACAGAAGAGUUGACAUUUGCAGUGACGGUAGACGGAGAGAACGAUUGUUAGCCCAUGCAAUGCCUUCUUAAAGAAAUAGUUUUGGCAAAUGCACUUAUUGGCACUUAUUGAGAAAAAAGAUUGAUUUGAGCCUUGUACAGAAAAUGUGCAGUCGCUGACAGUGCAGUAAGCAGAAUUUCCUUUGUUUGCACAGCCAGACUCACUGUCUUUCCCUUCUUGGUGUAAAGCUAAGCAAAUUAGUGCUGUCACGUUUCUAAAUCAACCAAUUCCAAAAUCUCUAACCGUUCCUUUUUUAUGAGCAAUCACCAUGUGCUCUCCACUGCACACUCGUUUCUGUGAGUUUCAGUCGGUAUCAUAUUUUUCUUACUUUAUGUACAACACUCUAGUCUAUUAGGGUUGUAACGAUUCUCCAACUCCAUAGUUUAGUUUAAGUUUAUUACAACUUUAUUGUAUCGCAAGAGUUAUGAAAUAUUCAACUUUUCCCAAACUUGGGACAGAAUUAGAACUUUCUAAAUUAAGUGUGUUUAUUAUGUUAGUUGAAUGUUUGUUUAUCGGACAUAUAAUAAGAUCUCAACAGGCUGCGGCUACAUCAGUGGUGUAGGGUUGGUGUUUUCUGCCAUUGCUGAUGGUGAUAUGAUGGUUUUGGUCUUUGUCGCAGAGUCGUUACAGCCCUAAUAAAUCAUUUCUCUUUGUAAUUUUAAAUGGGAACAAGCAGCAAGCGCAUGUUAUUCCAAAAGGACAAGGCAUGAGCGUGAAUGCGUUGUCAUGUUUCGUGAAACGUUGUGCUCAAACCCCUGAAGUCAACAUUUCACAGUGCCACGUGGAAAUGCCUUUUGUUUGCUGUAAGUGUGGUAGUACGAGUUUGCUUCUGGUAGCUGUUCGGUUGGGUUCUUACACUUCAACCAACAAGCACAUGCAAAGUUAUCAGCAGGAUUUGAACAUGCAGAGGGAGACCUGCUCCCCCCGAUGUAUUUUCUAUUUCCAGGCUGAUGGGACCAUCUCACAUGUGUGUAAAACAUUUCCAGCCCAAAAGUAGAGGCAUGCAGUCCUUUACUGAGACACAUCCAAAGGUUAGAGUGUGUUGAAAAAAAUGUGCUUUUUGCAACACUGUUCACCAGAAAGUCAAUAAAGCAUCCUGAAUUGACAAGAAACAGAAA